AUGCUCUCCUACGAUAACAUCAAGGCGUUAGCCAUCUUCUUUGCGCCGAUCAUAAUACCCAAGGCCAUCGCUCUCUUCCGAUCAGUCCGCUCGCAUUUCACCAACCGUCCGCCUCUCCAGCCUCUCCCUACACUCGCCUCUCGCGCGCUCAAUAUCCUCUUCUUCUCAACCGCUCUCUUUCUCGCCUUCAGUCUCACGCCGGGCAGCAAUAUACUCUCCAGCACCAGCUCUGGCACAAAUGAUAUCUUCAAACUCACGGAUUCGCGCUUCAACACGCCGACAGAGCUGCUCUUCACCCGCCUGAGGCGCCUUGGUGGACGCUUCGAGGUGGAAAGCGAACAUGACUCUACGCUCAAGAAGCUGUUUGUCUCUCCCACAGCGAGAGGAGUGUAUCUGCAACUUGGAUCGGAGCCGUUGAUAGCCUGUCCGUUCUGCUCGUUGGAUAGCUCGAUUACGUACCUUCUUUACUAUCUGCCUUUCAACACGCUUGUGCCGCAUCUGUUCCACUUCCUUGUCAUCGGCAUAGCGACUUCCAGCUCAAUAGUCGGGACCAAGAUAGCUACAUGGAGGAAGAAGUUCCUUUUGGGCUCCGUGGUGCUUUUGGUUAUUGAACUAUGUGUUAUCCUACGAGCAACUUCUCCGCUUUUCUCCCUCUCGAAGAGCUCGGCCAGCGGCCAGCGUAAUAAGUGGACGGAAAUAUACGCUCAGCACCCAGAUGCCCCGGCGAGUCUACAUGUCCAGUUAAGCACGCUACGGCCUCUGGCAUUUACCAUAUUUGACGCCAUUUGCGCUGCCCUUAUUUACCUAUCAGCUACCAAUAGGCUGUUUUAUACCCUUCCCACGCCCACGGAGCAGCUUCUAUCUGCAUCUACUGCGACCAUGCUAGCUGCCAUGUCGAAGCUACAGACUCUGAGUGUGACGAGAAGCGUAAUUGCACGAGACCCAGAGCUGAGUGCGAAGUAUGAUGCAUACCAUUGCGCGGCGAACAAAGAUGAUGAUGACUGGGUUUGGCAGCAGGAGGAUGUUGUCAACGCUGUUGCGAAGGUGAUGAAUGAUAGAGCCUUGCAGGCUUGCAGCCGCAAGAGCGGAAACGGAAACGAAGUGAUAGAUACGAAUGAGUACGUGGACAAGCUCACUGAUGGAUUGGAGUACCCCGUCAGCAGUUGA